CAACAGACUUGGUGAGAGUAAACUGAAGCUCUUUUAGUCUGGAGGUGGGGCUAAAUACUGGAGAGGAAGUAAUACACCAAACCUGUGGUAACCAUAGUGAUACAACGCUAUGUUCUAAUUAAUUUGUUCAAUUUUUUAUAUGGGGGUGGAAGAAGAGAGAUAGCAGGUUAAGGCACUGAGUUCUAUUCUCCGCUCUGUUGUAGAGCUAACAGAGAGAGCCAAUGGCUAAGGAAGAGGAAUACAAACGCUUAAAUGCUGAACUGGAGGCAAAAACAGCUGAACUAGUUCGUCAGGCUGAAGAGGUUAUGAGGAAGCAACACGAGAUGCUAACCCAGCCAGUUACAUCACAUACUCAGAUUGAUGUGGAAGGUCACGAUGAUGAUGAUGAUGAUGAAUAUUUAAGAAACUGGCUUUCUUCUGAAGUGCCUACCAUAAAGCCUGCAGCUACAAAGAAAGAAAACAGGAGCAAGAGCAACACAAAAGAAAGCAGACCAGUUUCAGGAAAUAAAGGAAGGAAACCUGCAUCAAGUAUGAAGUCCAAAAAUAUUGAAGUACAUGCAGCUGAUGAUGUUGCCAUUCCAGAGGAUUUCACAGACUUCUCCCUUGCAAAAACAAUUUCUAAAAUUGAGGGCAAGCUGGAGGAAGGUGCCCUACCUGAAGACAUUGAAGAUGACAUAAUGCCAGGUGUGGGCUGUGAAAUGGGAGCAGGGGCCCAGAUUCGAUUUCUUAAAGCAAAGCUACGAGUAAUGCAAGAGGAGCUUGACAGACUAGCUCAUGAAUGUAACAGAAAGGAUGAUGAAAAUGCAAACCUAAACAGUCGUAUAAAAGAUCUGGAAGAGGAACGAUGCAGACUGCAGAGAACAGCUUCUUUUCAACAGACACAGAGUGAAAAGUAUAAAGCCAUGUCAGAAGAGACCAAUAAGAAAAAUAAUGGAUUACAGCUGCAAAUGACUACCUUACAGAAGGAACUUGAGAGCCUGAAGAGAGCACAAAAGCAGGCAGCAGUCAAUCAUAGUGCUACUGAAGUUCGUCUAAACAGAGCACAGGAAGAGGCAGAAAAAUACAAAGCUGAAUUAAACAAACUAAAACAAACUAAUAAGGACUCAUCUAGUCAGGAACGGCAAAAAAUUGAAGAGUUGAAAGCAGAAAACAAGAAACUGGAGAAACAAAAAGCAGAGCUGAUGACAGGCUUUAAAAAACAGCUGAAACUGAUUGAUAUUUUAAAGAGACAGAAGAUGCAUAUAGAAGCUGCAAAAAUGCUUUCUUUUACUGAGGAAGAAUUUAUGAAAGCUCUUGAUUGGGGGACAUCUCAGUAAUUUUAAAAGCUUUACUCAUUGUUAACAAAAGUAUUCCAUAGAAGACAAAUGUUUGAAUAUAUGGCGCAGUCACUAUUUUCAGGAGAUCAGCAAAAACUUCAUCUACUGCUGUCUUAAAGUUUAGAAUGACCACAUAUCUGUACUAAGUCAAAUAAAUUGUCUUUUUUAGCAGAUGAAGUUUGAAAGGAAAAUUCCACAACUGUUAAAAAUGUUUCAUAAUUUGCUGUAUGUCAAACAUUUUCAUUUCUGUAUUUGGAUGUUCAUUUUUCAUACCAAAACAAAUGGAGAAAAAGUGUUGCAGGACAAACAACUAACCAAAACAAAACUAUAGGCACCACUAAUGUCUUCA